AUGAAUCCGCAAAUGUCAGUGCUGCGCGACUGCACGCGACCAGCCGAUAUUUGGAGAAGAGAAGGCUGAUAUGUGACCUACAGCACCAACCUGGUCAUCAUCCUCGUGAUGAUGCAGGCCAGCAAGAAGAUCCCCUUCGAAGACCCCAACGUCCUCAAUGGAAUCCGCGCCCUCUACGUCCUGAGCAACGUCAUCAUCUUCGGCAUCUACAUGUACGUCAAGAUGCAGAUCGACAAGAAGAAAGGUAACAACUCCUCUACUUUCCCCACUGGCGCUCCUCCAGAGAUUGAUCACAUCUCUCAGACAUGUCCGUCCUCAAAUACGUCGAACCCGCCCCGAUGGGCUCCACCGAAGAGCCCAAAGCCGUCACCACGACCGUCCACGCCUACGACCAGCAACAGCUCAAAGGGCUUUUCAAGUCCCAGCUCAUGGGCGUCGGGAUGAUGGCCGUCAUGCACCUGUACUUCAAGUACACCAACCCGCUCCUCAUCCAGUCCAUCAUCCCGCUCAAGGGCGCCUUCGAGGGCAACUUGGUCAAGGUACACCUGCUCGGCCAGCCCGCGACGGGCGACCUGAAGAGGCCGUGGAAGGCGGCGGGUGGCAUGUUCGGCGCGGCCGGCCAGGGCGAGAUCAAGACGGACAAGAAGAGCAUAGAGGCUGCCGAGAAGGCUGGUCGUGGUGGUGUCAAGGAGGAGUAA